AAGUUUUAUUCUGUAAAUGCGUACCGGAAGUGCGUUCCGUUCGCGCUGACUUUGUUAAAUGUUGUUAUACGUUAGUUUUUGUGUCAUGACUUUGGCUCCGAGUUGCGUUAUCAAACUCCAUAAUGCGGCGUUACAUUCGUGCACUCCUGUUGUGCAUGGUGUUUGCCGUGUUUUCGGGUGUGUAUGUUUACAGUAGGUUGCUUUACUCGGACGUGUCGGUCGGAGGAAACGGAGCGAAGAAGGUUUUCAGCCCACCGAGAGUCCCCGGAGGGAGACAAGGGGCCGCGGACAAAACCGGGCCCCAGAGCUCACAUUGGUACAAUAGGUAAAACUGUGUUUUUGUGCUUUUGCUGAAUCAUUGGGAUAGAAUUGGGUGAAAAACAUAGUAUCCUUUAGGGAGAGUGAGUUCAGAUGUAGAUAAGCAGCCUGUGUUUGGCCGUUGAGUCAGGCUGCGUCACAUUCCGAUGCAUCUCUAGUAACGUUACACUCAGUUUAACCUAACGUUCAUGUGAGUUACGCGAGACUUGGACAGGUGCGAGACUUCAAAUUGCAGCGAAAAAUUAAUAAUAUGCUACAACCAGCCGUACAUUUUAGCUUAAUUUUAAAGAAGAGGUUUGGUAGAAAGAGGCUUCUGUUAGCAUGUUCAAUACUUAUUACAUUGUAAAAAGGGGACUGUAGCCCAAAUGGAGUGGAAGUGGAAAUGUGUUAUACAGCUUUGUUUUUAUAUACAUUUUUCACCACAGUAUUCCUGAAUCAUGCACCAAAAAGUUUCUGUUUUCUGCUGAAAAGUGACCCAAACUCAGCUAUACAGGCAUGAAUACAUCCAAGUAGGGCUGGGCGAUAUGGGAGAAAGUUUAUCACGAUAUAUUUUUUUCAUAUCAGCGGAUAUCGAUAUAUAUCACGAUAUUAAAAAAAUGAAAUUUAGCAGUGCUUAUUGGUAGCAUGUCUUUUGCAAUACAAUAAGCUAAUGCAUCCGUGAGGACUUUGUGUCUCUUUUAAGUUAUGUCGUAAGCAGUGUUUUUUCCGCUAACGGCUUUUUUUCCCCGACAAAGAUGUGACAUUGACGAGCUAAACAUAAGUCUUAGAUGACUAAAAUGUGAUGAAAAGAAUGUGCGUUUACGUUGACAAGACUAGACGAAAACGUUAGUGGUGGACCACGAACAGAGUUGCAAAAUUCAUGAGCAUUUUGUCAGUCAAAUGCUAAACAUAUGUUUUGCAGUGUUGUUUCAUUGACAAUCACGCAAUAUUAUUAUCAACGUCAUCGUCAACGAAAAAACACUGGUUGUAAGGCGAUGCACUAGAGAAAGUGGACUGAAUGGUUGGCUUUUUCAGUGGUACAGGCGCCGUGGGCUCCUCGCUCUGCUCACCUGUGUUGUCGACAAUGUCCUCAUCUGUUGAGCCUUCAUCUGCAUUUCUGCCGGCGGAAGCUCUCAUUCCUUUUUUUCUCACCGAAAGUGCUAUGGUUGCAUGUAGCUGCAGCCUGCUACUAAGCAGUGUUUUGCCACUUAGUUCUAAUUUAGCACAUGAUUGGUGAAGCAGACCUGGAGCAACUCCCCUUUUCAUUGGCUAUUCGUAUAGUCUACCAAAACAUGGCAGAAUGCUGACUACCAAAAAGCAUAUUGACCACGUUGUAUAUUGAUAUUGAGGGAACUUAAUUCUCAAUAUAUAUCGCUAUUGUUUUAUCGCCCAGCCUAACAUCCAAGUUAGUGGUUGUCUGUCAGACUGCUUCUAAGUUGUGUAGAAACUACAGGCAGGUACGCAUAUGAAAGUAAACAGAUUGUUUCUUGGUGGUGAAGCUGAUGUCAAACCAUAGUUCAACCAGUUUUCAUCAAUAUUUAAGGAUUUUCUUUUAUAUGACCUCCAAAUGAGUAACAAUUUGCUUUUUGUAAUGUGCCAACAGAUAUUUUAAUACAUAGGAUUUGUUGUGUUAAAUCUACGAACAAGUCUCGGAGCAAAGAAUAGCUGACAUGUGAUUCACUUGGUAAGACUUUCUGUCUUCUCCCUCAGGUACAUCAUGCGUCAGCGGGGCCAGGUGGAGGCUGUUGGUGGCAAACCUGAUCCUCCCAUGCACCUGGCUGUAGUGGCCUGUGGGGAGAGGCUGGAGGAGACUCUCACCAUGAUCAAAUCGGCUGUGCUUUUCAGUAUUAAGAAGCUCUCCCUGCAUAUCUUCGCUGAGGAUCAGUUGCAUGCCAGUUUCAUGGAGGCAGUGAGUUUAAAAAACAUACACUGAAAAAAAAAGACUGAUUUUUAAUCUUUGUUCAAGACAUCUCUGAUAGCCAUCUAAUUUGGGCGUGUGUGUGUGUGUUCCAGCUGGAGUCGUGGCCUGAUUUUAUCCGCUCUAGGUUCAACUACACAGUCUAUUCUAUCAGCUUUCCCAGUGAGAAUGCAGCCGAGUGGAAGAAACUCUUCAAACCAUGUGCUUCUCAGAGGCUCUUUUUGCCAGUAAGUCUAGAAAUCACACUUUUGAUUGUAAGACAAAUGAGUGAAAAUACUAGACUUAAAAAUUUUUAAGAGUUCUUUAAAAUCACUCCAAAAAUGUGAAAAUGUGGAGCCCUAAAUAAUUUUUAAAAAUGCUUUAAUAAAAUGCAUACACCUUAUACUUUUGCUCCUCCUCUAUAGUUAGGAACAUGAUUUCAAAAUGAUUCAUCUCAACAUAAGAAAUAAAAGUGAUUUAUUUUAAGUUACUUCUCCUUGAAAAAGUCUUUUUCAGAAAUAACUGCCACCACACAUCAUUCAGAUCACUGGAGCUUCUAACAUCCUCUGACAUCUAUCCCUUUGUGUCUUUUUCAAACUCAUCCAGCUGAUCCUCAAGGAUGUUGACUCCAUUGUGUACGUGGAUUCUGACAUCCUCUUCCUGCAGCCUGUAGACCACCUUUGGGCUUUCCUGUCCCGGUUUAACUCCUCACAGCUUGCUGCGAUGGCCCCAGAGCACGAGGAGCCCCGUAUCGCCUGGUACAGCCGCUUCGCUCGCCACCCUUUCUAUGGCAGGACGGGCAUCAACUCGGGUGUCAUGCUCAUGAACAUGACAAGGAUGAGGGCCAUGUUUUUUAAGGUGAGAAAAAGAGGACACACUUUAACACAUCAUUACUUUUGUUGGCCACAAGAUGGCCUCGUCGUGCUGUAGUAGAAAAGCCACUGAAAGGACAGAGUUGAUGCUGUUUGAAUGAGCAACAACCUGACACACUGAAGGGUGUUUCUGCCUGUGUAUCUGACAGAAUGAUAUGACAGCAGUGGGGUUGCGUUGGGAGGAGCUGCUGAUGCCUCUACUCCAGAAGUAUAAACUCAACAUAACCUGGGGAGACCAGGACCUUCUUAAUAUCAUUUUUCAUCACAACCCUGGUAAGAUGGCACAAUGAAAACAAAGUGUUAGUUGUGUACUUUCGUGUAUGGGUUGCACUGAUUGAAAAAAAUAUCAGAGAUGUUGUGUUUCCAUUUAGUUUAUUCUGAUACUGAUGAAUUUUUAAUGAAUUGUAGUCAUGUGACUCAUUUUUGUUUAUAAAAACUUCAACUGUGACUAGAUUUAAUUGUCAGUCAGGCCUUUUUUACACUUUUGAAGAGAGCAAAGCCAUUUACCAACAAGCUAGUUUGAUAAAAAUUCAAACAAAUAACUAAUUACAGAUUACAAAUAAGUGUGAUCCAAUACUUGAUAGGAUCUAUGGCUACAUAUACAAUAUAACAAUAAUCGAGAUCACCAAACAAUAGAAUUGGGUUUUAAAUGGUUUAAAAGAGGACAAAUAGAUUGUCAGACACCCUCAGGCAGAGUCUCACAGCUGUGGAGACGAACAGCAAAUUCUUGAUCACCUCUUGUGACCAGUCGAGGAAGCAUAAGAAGGGCCCUGCUAGAGGACCUCAGGCUGUGGUCAGGCUCAUAGGAAGUCAGCAGCUCACAGAUACAAGCUUAAACCAGUUAAGAGUUGAAAAACAAGCCGAAAUCUCGUAAAAUAUAUUCUAAACCUCACAGGGAGCCAGUGAAGGGCAGGAAGGACUGGUGUUUUAUUGUUGCCUCAAGGCUAAGCGAUUGAGAUCUGGCGGCAGCAUUUUGAAUUAAUUGUAGUCUCUGUUGUGCUAACCAGUGCUUUAAUAAAGUGCAUCACAGUAGUCCAGUCUGGGAUAAAUAAAUGUCAAGAGAACAGAAAAGACCUGGUUUUGUUUUACUGUGAAAGCUGAGCAAAAGCAGGACGGCAUGACUUUGGUCACCUGGGUGUCAAAAGAAAGGUCGGAGUCAAAAAUGACAACAAGACACCCAGGCAGGAGGACGGAUUAUUAAUGUAGCUGGAAUUAAGGGUAGGGACAGUAAUGCCAAUAACUUUAGAUUUGGAGUCAUUCACCUGCAGAACAUUUUCAGACAUCCAAAUCUUGAUUUCAGUCAGACAGGACAUAAUGUGAGACACAUCAGCAUGUCAUCUGCAUAGCAGUGAAAGUCUACACCACGCCUAUGUAUCAUUCAGAAAAGACCCAAACUAAGGUAAAAACCCAGAAUACUUUUAAUCACUAACAUUCAUUUUUAAUGUUAAUUUUCAGAGUGUUUGCUGGAGUUUCCCUGUCAGUGGAAUUAUCGUCCGGAUCAUUGUAUCUACGGCAGUAACUGUGCUUCAGCUGAAGAAGAUGGCAUCUACAUUCUGCAUGGAAACAGAGGGGUUUACCACGACCACAAACAGCCUGCUUUCAGGGCUGUUUAUGAGGCCAUACGAAAGGUGAGCAUGCUUUUAUGUGUGAAUUAAAAUGUAAGACAGACCCCACAAGACACACUUGUCUGUAUUUAGGCUUUGAUUAAUAACAUUCAAAUAUGUAUUAAAGCAACAACAACAAUAGAAACAAUAAAAUAAAUAGCUAAAAGCUGCUCCAGAGUCUUUUCCAAUCUUGAUCUAGCAAAGUGGGAUGUUUUGACAGAUCAGAUCAAAAAUACUUAAAACCUAAAAAAUAAAACCUCUAAAACUACACACAAAAGAGAGUAAAAGCACUUUAAAUAGCGCAAUCUGACAUCCGACUCCAACAGCAGAUGACUCAACGACCAAGAUUUAUUAUUAUCAUCCAGCGCUCCCUUUUGUACAUAAAAUUAACUGCACCAGGAUUGAUAUUGUCAAGAUUUUAUUGUUAUAGUCGCCUCCAUCACAAAACUAAGAAACGAUGUAUGAAAGACUUGAAGAUGUCCUUGUUUUUCUGCCUGUGUUUGUUGAUCUUUUAUAGUAGUUGAAAAAAAAAACUAUACAGAACAAGUCAAAGAGUAGCAGUUCUUUUUAAAGUGGAUUAGGAACAAAAAAAUAUGCAUAAUACGGGGAUAUCAUGAUAAAAAGAGUAAAUGCAUCAUUGUAAUCCAGUCCAUCCUGGUUAGGGGAUUCUGGCAUCUUUUCUUGGAGGCUGUUUUACAAGUUUUCUUUCCAUCUGUCCAUACUUACUGCAGAAAGUUAGCAUAAUCUCUAAAAGGCCUUUUGGGAAAUAAAUUGUCUGCUACAAUGGUGACUCAAAACAAGUAAGUGCACCCAAUUAAGAGUCUCCCGGGUCCAUUAAAGUUAAAAAAGAGCCUUCCGAGCCUUCUGAAAGUGUCGUAGAUGUAAUUUAGUGCGCUGUCUGAUGAAAGGAGCCCUUUUUACAACCCCAGUGACACACCUGCUCCUCUCUACUUUGUCGUUUCUUUUAUCCUCCUGGAUUAGAUUUUGGAUUGGCGCUGACCCUAAACACCCUGAGUGUUUGUGUCUUCAGAUUGUCUCCAAUGGAAACACAAAUCAGCACCAUAUUGCAGAGGUUUGACUGAAAGUAAUUUCCCCCAUGAGGAUGUUUAUAGGUUGUUUACCAGGGUGGGAUGAUAUUGACGGCUCCAGUGGCAUUUACUUAAUGAAGCCAUCACUGUGUGGAGUCUCAUUGCUUUCUUAUUAACAAAGCAUUGAACACAGAUCAGGGGGAUUGCUUAUCCAUAGCUUAUCUAUGGCCUGCAGUUAAAAGUACCACUUUAUAGGACCGGAUCAAUGUCAGCAGCAUCUGCUUAACUUGUACCUGUGGUGCAUAUGUUGCUUCUAUUGAGCAUAAACCCUGCAUGAGGGCCCAGAGUAUGCACUAAAACACAGUUUUCCUCACAGCCUGUGUACGGUAUUGACACGUCCAUAGAUAUGUGAUUAAGUCUGGAGGAUGCAGGAGUGUGGAUUGAUCUUGUGUGUUUCGCCUCAGCGGGCAGACCAUUUCAUUUGUUUUUGCUUGUUCAUGUAUAGCAGAACCUUUAGGGUAUCUGGGCAGUGUUGGGGAGAAAAACAGAUAGUUGGUGAGGGAUCAGAAACUGACAGAGGGAAAAGGCUUAAAAAGGAAGCCGUGACUGUCACAAAUUGUCUAAUUAAGAAGUGGGUUCCACUCCUUAUAAUUCAGUAUGAAAGUUUGCCUGAAGAUCAGGCAAACACACUCAGCAGAAAGUAAGAAGUGCAGAGAAGAUUAAAAAGAGAAAAGCCUCAAACAGAGAUCAAGGAGAGAAAUGGGAGCUGUCUCCAGCUCAGGCAUCAGUGAAAAUUUGGCAAAAGUGUGAGCACCGCUGAGAAACCUGAGUUAUACUUGGCCUGAUGACUAAUGUGGAUCAGGUGUGUGAUUCAGGACCAGCUCUGGUGGUAGAGGUAGAGGUGGAAUGGCCACUGAGAGAACAUGUGUUGAUCUUUCUUGUCCUCUGUUUUUUCCCUCUGCAUCAAGCAUAGUGUUAAUUUUAAAUGGCACCUCUUUUACCUUUAUUAGGAGAAACAAAACAGCUCUAGAAGCUCCUUGUUCAGGUAUUUGAAGAAACAGCAGAAACAGUAGGCUUGUGUCAGUUAGAGUUCAUAUUUGUGAACUCUAACUGACACAAGUGUUGACUUUAAACACAAUAGACAACAUGUUAUAUUAAGCUGAUGGGGUCAGAUUACCGAUUAAUCGUCCAAUUUUUUAUUUUUAUCAACUUAUAAAAAAUAUAUAUAUAUAUAUAUAUAUACUCUAGAUAUCUACAGUAUUCUAUAUACUGUAAUGAUAUACUGUAGGCUACUGCUCUUCACGCCGACAGGAAGACCGACAGAUCAAACUCGGACCAGAAAAGCGUUUUCAGCUAGUGGAUGAAGAUUGUCAUGAGGUCGCUGCGCCAUCUACAGGAUAAGUCAGGGAACUUUUCAAAUGGUGGAACAUUUUCAAAGUGAGAUCGAAUCAUAUUCUCUGCAUUUUAUUUCUGAAAAUAUCGGCGAAAAUCGGCGAGUUUUGGCCUAUUACUGAUUAGUCUCAAACGGGCUACAACUGGCCGAUUUAAUUAGCUAGCCGAUAAAUCGGUCAGGCCCAAGAAUAUACGGUAAUGAACUUGUCAUUUAUAUUGGGCUACAGCAGUGGUUCUGAAGUCCAGUCCUCGAGGCCCACUGUCCUGCAUGUUUUGGAUGUUUCCCUGCUCCAACACACCUGAUUCAAAUGAUCAGCUCGUUAUUAAGCCAUUACAGAGCUUGAUAACGAGCUGAUGAUUUGAAUCAGGUGUGUUGGAGCAGGGAAACAUCCAAAACAUGAAGGACAGGGGGCCUCGAGGACUGGACUUGAGAACCACUGAGCUACAGCAUAUGAAUAAUUUCAUCAUGUAAUAUCUUCUUUUUAUCAUCUACAAAUCCCAAAUUUGGAAGAAAAAAAACACUACAUCUUCAGAUAGCUCCACAAUCUGUUAAUGUUUAUUUUUUAAAAUCAUAUAAAAUAAAUAAAAGUUGCCAAUUCUGACAUUUCAGUGAAGAGGAACUCAGAACUAUCACCAGCGUAUUCUGAAUGAAUUAUUUCCACUUUUGAAAUGAGUUAUUGUUUUGAUAAACUUGACACCACUUCAUUUAAAUCAGCGCCUGUGGCCCUGUAUUCUCACACAAAGGACCAUGAAGCGCACACAGCAGUGCUCCUCCCUGUCUGUCUGCCUCUCACAGACCACGGCGGUCUGUCCGUCAUAAAGCAUCUCCUCCCUCCCCGCGCUGCAAAAAGCAGAGCCCAAGAAGCAGCAGUUAAAUUUUACAACCGGUGGUACGUUUAGAGUUGGAGUCUGCACGCCAAGGGUGCCCCAUCAGCCGCACAAAAUCAAUACAGCAACUGUAAAUGCAACUUUAUGACCGGCGUGUGCGUGUGUGUGCGUGUUUGUGUGUAUGUGUGUAAGUAUGUGCUCGUAAAAACGCCAUUCUCUUUGUGACCCAAUAUCAGGGACCCAAGCGCAAGCAAAUGAGCUGGCAUAAAAAAUGGUAAUUCCCCUUUGAUUUCCUCGGAGCGUUGUAAAGGCUCCUUCAUUAUUGGGAAGACAUGAAAUUCCUUCUCUGAUCCUCUGUUAUCACUGGACGCUAAGCCUAUAGCAUAAAACUGAACCCAGUCCGCUUUAUGUUGUGCCCAGCUGACCUAUCAGAUUAGAUUUGGAGUCCCAACUGAGUCCAGCAUGUCUCUUGGAUUUAGUUUUUAAUUUAUCCUGGGGCAGAUAUCUUCCAAGCCCAAAUGCUGCCCACAGCAGCACUUAUCUUACUUAAGGAGGGAACCUGAUCAAUCACUGAGGAAUCGUAGGAGGGUGAGAGCCAUCCUCAGGGGAGUUUGGACGGUACUUUGGGAUCUCAAUUGCUCAUUUGAAGUUUCCUGAACCCACUCAACACAGCCUUUAGACAACCACCCCCGUGCUCCAGCACAGAAAGAGUAAAAGUUGUCUUCUGUGGAAACCUCCUCCAUACUUUACAAAUCUGCCUUUACAUUUAGAGUUACUUAUCCAAGCAGAAAAAAAGGCUAUCCUGUACGUCAGAGUGUGUUUUUCAUACUCAAUGUUCAAAUAUUUUGUCCUUCCAGUACACUUUUGGUGCGGACCCCAUGAAGUCCUUACUGGAACCAGUGGAAGAAGAACUCCAAAGGACAACACACACGUACUGUGGUAAAUCCUACCCGCUCUUCACAAAGAGACUGGCACACAGCCUGGCAAACGUCAACAGGAAGACCUCACGUGGACGGUGACGAAAAAGAAACUCCAUGACUGGAAAGAAGCCAAAAGGAGAGUUUGACUGAAGUGAAAAGCUGCAUAAAGCUCAAUAAGACAGCUGGAUCUUUUUAGUUGCUCUGGAUAAGAGCGUGAUGUAAAGGCCUGAAAUCUACAGGUCAUGCUGAAAAAGCCUCGUAGCAAAGUACUGAAGAAAGUUGUGAAAGCUGAUGAGUACACGUGGAUGUUUACCAUGUGUUUUACCAGGGAUUGUCAUAGCAUAACUAACAAACUUGUAGCCUCUUCCUUGUAAUUAUUUAAUCCAGUCAGAUCUAUAAAGUUUGGAAGAGCAGCUAUUGUCUUUCCAUAUUGGAGAAUAUAUAUUGAACCUUAUGAGAAACUCUUAUUAAAAGAGACAAAAGUAACAUCAAAACUGGACAAAGGCUUUUAGCAGAGCCUGUUUUACAGAAGUACGCACUGCACCACUUUCUCAAUUAUCAGAACACUCCAUUAUAAACACUAGAAAUCAUCCCAUUCAGCAUGGAUUAUAAUGAAUAUAGUGAAUUUUCUGACUGCUGGAAUAUUUUUCUAGGUUGUUACAUUUAUCAGCAUCGGUCUAUGAUAUAUUAUCUGUUACAUGAGUUGUCUAGAACUUAAUCAAAUCAAGCGAAACAGGGUGAUUUUAAUGUCUGUCUUCAGUUAAGUUGUCAAAAAUCCAGAUAUUUUCAUACUUUUUAACACGGUGUGUUUUAAGAAGAAACAAUAUCAGUUCUUUUUAUGUUUGAUUGUGUCAAAAAGCACUGAUGCCCAGUAGAAAAAACACAAUGACACUUGUAAACCCGUUAAGAGCAGCAGUGAUCAAUCAGCAUUGUGAUGAAGUUAGAGGAGAGAGCACCGAAUCAGUAAACAAAACUGUGAAACAGAACAUUUAGAUUUCUCCUACAAAACUGCAUGUGAGGUCAAAGUUGAAGUUGUGCGUCUUUCUGCAUGCUGUGUCUCUCUGCGCUGCCCUCCGUCACAGCCACUCCACCACCAAUGCUCUCUUUCACAGGUCAGCAAACACUCAAGUUUUGAUGGCGUCUCUUAGACACGUUAUAUUGCAUGUGUAUUGCAGACAGAGAGCAGAGGAGAGAUUGGCGAUGUCACCUGCUCCCUAAAUGUUUGGUAACAGUUCUGAUCUGUUGACAGGGAGCUUCACAGCACUGCACAAUGGAUGACUUCUGUAAGACGACUUACUCAAUUUUAAGAACAGAAGAAAAUUUGAUCUCAGCUGGUAUCCCAUCAAAAUGCAAAUUCGUAUGUGGCGACUGUUACCUGAAGUUUGACAGUAAACGUGAAUAAGCUACAAAUUCUGCUAAUGCCAAAGUUUCUAUUUUUCCUUAAAUAAUGAUGUUUUUUAAAUGUUGAAUGUAUUUUGAACGCUUAGGAGUGAGAUCAAAGUUUCAUUGUCUGUGUUUGUGUCAGUGUGGUUCUCAUGUAAGGAGAAGGUCCCAUGUUGAGUUGUUUAUGUGUGAUUAAAUUGCCAUGGGGUGUUUUUUCAUUAAAAUUUAAGUUGUUUUUGGUUCAA